AUGGAUUUGUCCCGCCUAACUCGACCCGCGAUCCUGUGCCAGUGCUCGCGAUGCUCCAGCUCUCUCGCCGCCUUGGAGAACGAGUGGGCGAAGCUUUCGAACUCCUACUCUAUAGCGGCGGGGUGGCUGAGUGUCGAGCUGCAUCGCAUUUCUAUCUCCUCGGAAAAGAAGCAGAUCCCCCAGUCCUCGGAGUUGAGCAAAUUGCGGGGUCGCAUCCUACAGGAAGUCUCCUGCAAGCUUUGCCAGCAAAAGCUGGGUGCGCUGUGUGCCCUCGACAAUGGUCCAAACAUCUUCUGGAAGCUUUCCAAAGUGUCAUUCAGGGAGAUCGUGACCAUGCGUACCGUCGAACCUACCUUCAAAGAUGGAGCGCUCGAACGUCUGAUAUGCCCACCACAGGAACAACGACGAGAUAGGGCUCCUUUUCAGCCAGGCGCUUUGGUCCCGGCCGGAUCCACGGAGCUGGAGAGUCAUGGGAUCUCGGUGGAACAACAGAUUCAACAUCAAGGUCUUAGCCUUGAUCAUAUUUCCAGCUCGGUCAGCAACCUCCACGAUACCAUGUUCGAACUCAAACAUGCAUUUACCGCCCUACGUAUUGAGUUGAACGGCCCCGGUCGCUUCGGUCCAGACAUGAACAGCCCUGCUAGCAAGGACCUGAUGAUCGCGACGGUGUUGAAGGAGCUCCGAUCGAAGUCCGAGGAGAUCGAAAGACUCAAAUUGGAGAUUGAAGCCUUGAAGUUGAAGAACCGCUACGUGGAGGAACAACAAUCGGCUAGACAGCAGGAGCAACUGCCCCCUUCACUACCGAUAUUGACUGUAGGCGAGAUGCUACCGGAAGUACGGAGUCCAGGACUACUGCAGGGGAGCAGGAAGCGGCCGUGGCCCGACUCGUUCCCAAGUGGUCGAACGCAGCCGAUCGGGGACUCGUUUGACGAUGACGAUGACGACGAGAGUAUCGGCGACUUUGCUCUGGAUGGUAGGAAUACUAUACCGGCCGUCAAGAUUCCACUCAAGGAUCCACCCCUCCGGAAUUCAGAAACAGUCCAUACGACGGAUACUACGACCCGCGAACCAAGCCCCUUGGGGUCCCCUCGAUUGCGCAUCGAAGUUAGCCACUCUCGACAUCAAACACCGCACGACGAUCACAAUAUGGACGGAAGCCUGGAAGCUUCUACGAACUCGCAGCCAAGGGAGCCAGUCGUCAAACGGCCCCGGUUGGCUCAACCGGCCGAUAAAACUUCCACCAGCGCGAGGAAGGCAGGCCGGCCCCGCAAGUCAUUCAGCCAGACCACCAAACCUGACAUUUUCUCUCACCUCAAGCCCGCACCACUUGCCGAACAAAACACCAACAACAUCAACGGAGCCAACAAUCCCAAGGAAACGGCUUCUCUCGCCGCCACCAGCCCCAGUGAACCAGCCCCGGGCCAAGAGCCUCGCCGGACACGCUCUCGGAGCCUUCGAAGACGGCAGUCUGCAAAUAACCUAUUCUCCGCGCCAGGCCAGUCACUCCCCAACGGCAAACUGAAUAAUGGCGAAACCUUUAACUCAACCGAGCCGAAACCACCCAGUGCCGGCAAAGAAAACCCUCCUGUUGCCAUGAACGACAUCCAGGCCACGGACACUAGCGAGAAGCGCAAGGCCCAGACCGCCGCGCGCGACAUCAUGGUCCGACUGGCCAUGCAACGCGAGGAGGCCAUGGAAACCGAUACUUCUCGAUGAAAUAUCGGUGAAGGCGGGAAUUCCCUCAGAUUGCCUCCUCCUCUUCGCUAACAAAACAUUUUUCGAUUCAACCCUUCCUGUCCUUUUAAGAACCCCAAGCUUGGCCUUCCAAGGUUACGCCAUGCUUUUUCUUUUGUUUUCUUCGGCGCACGAAAAGUGUUCCCUUCAGUUUUCUCCUUACCGGCGUAUCGGUGAAUAGGUGGG